AGUGCGAGCGGGAAGUUCACACGGUGGCUACUUUGAAAGCGUAAGCUGCACAUUUCUUAAAUAUUUCUGUGGAUUUUUAUCAUAAAAAUAGCUUAGAGGAGCUUAAACAGGACUGCAGCGAUGAGCACGGAGGAGAAGAGUGUCCAUGCAUCAUCCAGGGGCUUCGGACAAUGCACCUACACGGCGGAGGAGUACCGGGCCGUGCAGGACGCUCUGCAGCAGCGGCUGGGACCCGAGUUCAUCAGCACCAGAAUGGCUGGAGGAGGACAAAAGGUUUGUUACAUUGAAGGACAUCGCGUCAUCAGCCUGGCCAAUGAGAUGUUUGGAUACAAUGGAUGGUCUCACUCCAUUUCCCAGCAAAAUGUCGACUUUGUAGACCUCAUCAAUGGGAAGUUUUAUGUUGGAGUCAGCGCGUUUGUCAAAGUGCAGCUGAAGGACGGGUCGUUUCAUGAGGAUGUGGGGUACGGAGUCAGCGAGGGUCUGAGGUCUAAAGCUCUGUCUCUGGAAAAGGCGAGGAAGGAAGCUGUGACAGACGGCAUGAAGAGAGCUCUGAAAUGUUUUGGCAACGCUCUCGGAAACUGCAUCCUGGAUAAAGAAUACCUCCUUGCGAUUAACAAGAUUCCCAAACAGCCUCGUCCUGAUCUGGACCCGGCACGGACGAAGCGCUCCGAGGGCCAGCCGUCCAUAGAGAAGGCCCGCUUCUGCAGUCUGGUCAGCGGUCAAAACCCAGUGAGUGCAAUAGAACCUGCCAGGAUGCCACUGGAGCCCAGAGUCUUCAAUCAGAACCAAUCAGAGGACCACUGGUCCAGUUCAGCUGGCUCUGCAGCCGACAUAAAGACAGAAAACGUCCUCUCCAGGUCAGCCGCGGACGCUGCCGACGUCGUCAUAUCCGCCCCAAACACGGACCCCAAACAUCUGAGAAAGCUGCGGCAGCAGCAGCUGCAGCAGAAGUUCAGGAGGGAGAUGGAGGCCAAGAAGCUGCAGCAGAAACUGCAACAAGCAAAGACUGAGGAGGCGGAGGUCGCGAUGGGACGGAGAUCCACGGGAGGUGAGGACGGUGCGUCUGCGUUUAGCGACAACAAAACAUCCGAAAACCAGUCAGGCAGCAGGAACACAUGUGCAGUAUCUGCAGACGACCCAGAGCUCUGGGAUUUCACUUUGGAUGGGAUCGAGGAGCUGGAUGUUCCCGCAGACGCGUCUUCUCCCAGAGGGAGCAGGCCCAGAACGCCCGGGAGUCACCAAAUGCAGACGCGAAGUAAAACCCCGCAGAGAGCGUCGACCAGAAGCCCGAACGCUCACUCCAGGCCGCCACACAACAAUCAGCACCAGGGGAGACCAGGUGAAGCCUUCAGUCCAUACAGACAAGGACAGCAGCUGAAGAAACGCCGGCUGGACACAUGACACUUUACUCUGCGCUUAGAGAAAAAUCUUUGUUUUAUUUAUUUUCAAUAUACUCGUGUUCCUCUUGCACAGCGUUACUGCUACGUUACAAUCUCUGCACCUCAUUGAUCAAAGAAAACCUCUUGUGCACCAUUACGGUCUUAAAAGUGUUUUAAUUAGAAAACUCGGAAUAAAAUGUUUAAAUCUUUUGAGGAAUGAGCAGACCCUGUAAACGGACAAAUGACAGACAUUGUUUGUAUUUGAUAUUUUUAUUUGUUUUUACAUUUUGUACAAUGUUUAAAAAUGUACACAAAACAGACACAGAAUCACAGGAAGUCAGGAGGGAUAGGAUGAGAGAGCCGUGCGCCAGGGGCCUUUAACAGGACGGAGGGGGUUCUGGGAAUUGUGUGAUCGCACACGGAUGUUAACCUUUGUAAGCUUGUGUUGUGCAGUGGUCAAGUUGUGAAAUGGUUGUUUGUUUAUAGGAAUAAACACCCAGUAAAGCUAGCAUGCUGAUAACCUG